ACGGUGGCGUUCGGCAGCGUCUACGCCAGCGACAGGUUCGCGCUCAACGAGAGCUUCCAGCACGCGCUCGACGAGGCCAUGGAGAUGAUCUCCAGCACCUCCGCGGAGGACUUCUUCCCCAAAGUCAUCGGCCGGCUCGUCGACCGCGUCACGGGCGUCGUGGCCCGCCGCGAGAGGAUCUUCAGGCAGCUCGACGCCUUCUUUGACAUGGUCAUCGAGCAGCACCUGCACCCUGAGCGCGCCAGUCCCCCUGAGAUGGAGAACGGCGGCGACCUCGUCGAUGCGCUCAUCGCCCACUGGAAGGAGCAUCGUGGGUUCACCAGAGACCACGUCAAGGCCAUAAUCUUUGACACGUUCAUCGCCGGCAUUGACACGAGCUCGGUGACAAUACUGUGGACGAUGUCGGAGCUUAUCCGGAAGCCGCGCGUGCUCGGCAAGGUGCAAGCCGGUAUCAGAGCCGUGGCUGGCGGCAACGUCAACGGGAGGGUGCUGUCCGAAGACGUGUCCAAGCUCAGCUACCUCGGGAUGGUGGUAAAAGAGACCAUGCAGCUGCACCUGCCGGCGCCAUUGAUAUUGCCGAGGAAGACGAUGUGGCACAUCCAGGUGGCCGGGUACGAUGUGCCGGCCAAGACGCGGGUCUACGUCAAUGCGUGGGCCAUCGGUAGGGACCCGGCGAGCUGGCCGGACAACCCGGAGGAGUUCAACCCGGACAGGUUCGAGGGGAGCGCCAUAGACCUUAAGGGCGAGCAUCCGGAGCUGAUGCCGUUCGGCACUGGGCGCCGGAUCUGCCCCGGCAUGUCGAUGGCCAUGGCCACCGUGGAGUUCACGCUGGCCAUGGCCACCGUGGAGUUCACGUUGGCCAAUCUGCUCUGCUGCUUCGACUGGGCGCUCCCGAAGGGGAUGGCGGUGGACGACGUGAGCAUGGAGGAGGAAGGAAGGCUCGUGUUCCACCGCAAGACGCCCCUCGUGCUCGUGCCCACCGCUUACGUGCCGCCAUGGCGCCCAUGA